UUGUGUUGGACAUGCGCAGUAGGCCGGUUUCGCCCACCUGAAGCCCGGCGCGUUUCGAGGGAUUUCCAGUGUUGUGGUGGAGCGUACAGACUUCGGCGCCUUCUCGGCAGCCCACGGGAAGCGGGAAGGCGCUUCUGAGCCCGCGAACCGACGGCGGAAGUGGAAGCAGAAAGCCCUUCCUCAAGUGUCUAGAGCUCAGAGAUGCGGCCCAGGGGAGGGAACUGUAGCUAGGUCAGGAGGCCGUGCUUGCUGUUGCUUCCAGAUCCCAUGUCAGCACCGAGUCCUCAGAUGCUGGUGGCAGCGGCUCAGCAGACCCUGGGCAUGGGAAAGAGACAGUGCCCACCCCGAGCCGUCUGCCUUCACCUUGCUGGAGAGGUGCUGGCUGUGGCCCGGGGACUGAAGCCAGCUCUGCUCUAUGAUUGCAGUUGUGCAGGGCCAUCAGAGCUCCAGAGCUAUCUGGAGGAACUGCGGGGCCUGGGCUUCUUGACCCAGGGACUUCACAUCCUUGAGAUUGGAGAAAACAGCUUGAUUGUCAGUCCUGAACACGUAUGUCCGCACUUGGAGCAGGUGCUGCUUGGUACCAUAGCCUUUGUGGAUGUUUCCGGCUCCCAGCCUCACCCUUCUAUUUGCUCCCUGGACCAGCUUCAGGAUUUGAAGGCCCUAGUGGCUGAGAUCAUCACGCAUUUGCAAGGGCUACAGAGGGACCUAUCCAUGGCAGUCUCCUGCAGCAGACUUCGUUCCUCAAACUGGAAUCUCUGUACUGUGUUUGGGAUCCUCCUGGGCUAUCCUGUUCCGUAUACCUUUCAUCUGAACCAGGGAGAUGACAACUGCUUAGCCCUGACCCCACUCCGGGUGUUCACUGCCCGGAUCUCAUGGCUGUGUGGUCAUCCCCCAGUCUUGCUCUAUUCCUUUAGUGUCCCAGAGAGCUUGUUCCCAGCCCUGAGGGAGAUUCUGAAUACUUGGGAGAAGGACCUUAGAACUCGAUGUAGGACUCAGAAUGACUUUGCUGACCUGAGCGUCUCCUCUGAGAUAGUCACGCUGCCAGCAGUGGCUCUCUGACUUUAACUCUUCUCUCAUGUAGAAGAUACUCAGUAAAUGAUCAGCUCUAGCUCAGCGAUGGCAUCGCAAGUACCAAUUCAGAGCAUCUUGAGAACGCUAGGGGAAAAUGCUGUUACCAGUUGUCCGCGUCGCAGCGGGCAUGGGAGUAGUGGUGGUGGCGUUGGUCGUACGUAUUUGCCAUUUCUAUGCUAGGGAGUCCUCUUUGCUGAGAUAUCUGUUGAUUUUUCACUGGAGAGGAGGUAGAAGAAAAGAGAUUGUGGAGAAGGGUGGUGGAGGACAAGUGUAUGCUCUUGUGUGGUAGCUGUAAAUAUACCUGCCCUCGUGGGUAGUGUCUGCCAGGAAGUAGAGGACUAGGUAGGUUUUACCGCAUGUUUAUAUACCACCAGCUGAAUUGGACUAGGGAGAGGAGACCAGGAUGCCCAAAUGUCUUAUGUUUGUGAUGUGACAUGUCAUUCAGGGGUACACUAAGAGUUCUGAGGAACAGAGACUAUUAGGUGAAGUUUGUUUAUUUUACAGUAGAUUAAAAAAAUAAAGUCAGAAAUCUCAGGUGGGAAAACCCACACUUUAAAGUAUGUCAGCCUGCUGAGUUUUUUAUUGAGUUUCUUGCUUCAGAUUUUCACCCAAGCAGCUGUCACAAGUGAGUCAGAUCAUCAGGCUGUCCUUGUUGGCCAGGAACACUGCCAGUGCGAUAGCAAUCAUUAUCAUCAGCAUCGAGAGCCAUCGGCCACAUUGCCUCUGUGAGGAGGGAGUGGGGGAGAGAAAGAGGCCAUGGGUUGUUUGGAGAAGGUACAGGGAAAAAUUAUCUUCCUUCUUCCCAUCCUAGCCCAGUGGAAAACCUUGGGUCAAAAAAGGAGAAAAAGCUUUUUAUAUCACUGUGUGUCUCACUUGGUCACUUCCUUUGGGAUAAAACCACUCUACUGCUGGUCACUGGCCCCUAAGCCAGGAUCACUGGCUUAGGGAACCAUACCCAGCAAGGGCCAAAUACUUAAAUACUGAUAAGAAUAAUCAAGGAUGAAAAAUAAUGCAGCAAAAUUAUAUUAUUCUCUAUUCGUAUUCCUUAGUACUUUUGCUCUCCUCACUCUUGCCACUAGCUCAUAAUAGGCUAAAAGAACACCACUUCGUACUUUAGCUAAUAGUGAGUCUUUCCCUGUAGGCUCUAGAGUUCCAUGAAAAUUAGGCUUGGAUGCAUAAGCCAGUGUUUACUGACACUUGCUAUACUGUCAAGUUAUAUAAACCCAGUUGAAUGGAACAGGCUGGCCAGGUGUUGGCACAGGCUGAUAAACUUUAUCUGCAAGAUUUGGCCAAAGGAGGAACCGUCCCACCAUCAUCCAGGGCGAUACGGGAGGAUUGACCCUCUUACUCUGGGAGGCGACUGUUGGCUCUGGUUCAGCUCUUCUCGACAGUGCUGCAGCUUACGUAGGCAGGACAGAUACUCGUCACUGAGGUUGUCUAACUCCGAAUGCAGUUCUCUGCACUGGGGGGAGAAUACCACCAACGUCAUCACUACCAGUUCCUUCUGGGACAGAGACCAGGUCAGGGCGAGGGCCCCGUGUGAGUUACCCCUUCAUUGAUUUGGAAUUUUUACCACCAUCCUCCCUUCCCAGCCUUUCUCAGAGGUUUCAGUUUGCCUUUUGACUGUCUUACCUAGUUGUCUGGAAUGUGUUCAUUUAAAUGAUUGAUUAUAAUGCAUAUUAUAAUAUUACAUAUUAUACAUGUCAGUGCUCUCACGUGAUUGUGAAUGUGCAAGAGCUUUAUAAAUGGGGGCACCAAAAAAUGAAGUUCUUCUAGGACAAAAGACCUGGGGGUGAUCUUAGUACAAGCAUCUUCACCAGGAUAUAGUUGAGUUGCAUGUGAAUACUUCUGGGGAUAUGUAUGUUUCCGAGUCUGUAGAUGGAAAGAGUUUUAUUAUUUAAAAGAUACUAUAUGUAUAAAGUUUUAAGAUAACUGUAGGACAAAGUUUGAGGGGUUAAUAUGUUUAUUAAUAAUGUGUUUGAGUUUAGGUUGACUUUACAAAAGGUAACUAUUUGAUAAAACCUUGAAUAGCAGUUGGUAUAAAUGAAGAAGGGAAAAGAUUGACAAAUUAUCCCACAAGCAAAGACAUUUUAUAAAGGCAGAUGAAUACCUGCUGGCAUCCAGUCACAAUUUAAACUUUGAAAUCUUUGCUCUCUGGCUGCCUCCCAGCAGUUUUCCCUACCAUUGUGGGAUGAUCCCCUCACUAUCUUUUUUUUUUAAGAUUUUAUUUAUUUGACAGAGACACAGCAAGAGAGGGAACACAA